AUGGCAGCGGCAGGAGAGAAGGACGUCUGGUUCAUUACUGGAUGCUCGUCCGGGAUUGGCGCUGCUCUUGCCAAACAUAUUUACGACGCUGGAUGCUCGAUCAUUGCUACCGCUCGCAAGCCUGACACGCUCGCAUACUUACCCGAUGAGCCGAACGUGCUGAAACUGGCACUGGACAUCACCGAUCCGGAUCAAGUCGCUCACGUUGUAAAGGCAGGAGUGGAAAGGUUUGGGCGGCUGGAUGUCGUGGUCAACAAUGCUGGCUAUGGCUUGACUGCGGAUAGUGAGAAUGUUCCCGAUGCCGAAGCAAGAGCACAAUUGGAGACGAACUUCUGGGGCGCCGUGAGUGUGACGAAGGCCGCCUUGCCCGUCCUCCGGGAAACCAACCCUGUGGGCAAGGGCGGGCUGAUCAUUCAAAUCAGCUCCGUGGGCGGGAGGGUUUGUUUUCCCGGCAAAUUUGCCCUGGAAGGCUAUACCGAAGCGCUUGCUAAGGAGAUGCACCCCGACUGGAACAUCAAGUUUCUGAUCAUCCAACUGGGCAGCUUCAAGACCAAGUUCGCCGAUAACAUCCAUCUAGUCGCGCGGCACCCUGCCUAUCGCGAUCCCAAAUGCGGCUAUAACCAGCUUGCCGCCUACUUUGAAAACCAAGCUGAAUCGAGCAAGCAUUGGACCGACCCAGCGGCCUGUGCCAAGGUCCUGUAUGAAGUUGCCUCGACGCGAAACCAGUCCCCUCUGCCGGUGAGGCUCUCCCUCGGCGCCGAUGCCCACAGCCUGAUCCAACUCGAGCUGGAGAAAGCGCUCAGAGAGCAUGAAGAUUGGAAAUCUGUCGCUCGCAGCACCACUUCUGGAUCGGGCUUUGACGCCGUGGAGAUUGUCUCGUCCAUCUCCAAGGGGUCUGCCGCAUCAUAA